AUUUUAGUGUUACUUGAAUAUCGAGAUCAAUUGAAGUAAACAUCAACGCGUACCACAAACAAAUUUAUAUUUUUUUACGCAUUAGUGGCUAUUGCAAGAAAAAUGUGUGCUAUCAAGACGGCUGCAAUAAUUCUAAUUGUAACUAUUUACAUCAUCCAAACAAAUGCACGAGGAGGAGGAGGAGGCGGUGGUGGUCAUGGUGGAGGUGGUGGUCAUGGUGGCGGUGGUGGUCACGGAUUUGGAGGUGGAAGUCACGGUGGGUUUGGCGGUGGACAUGGACACGGUUUCGGAGGUGGACGUGGACAAGGUUUCGGAGGUGGACGUGGACAAGGUUUUGGAGGUGGACACAGUUUUGGAGGUGGACAUGGUCUUGGAGUUGGGCAUGGAAUAAGCGGAUAUGGAGGAUAUAAAGGAUAUGGUGGAUAUAGAGGAUACGGUGGAUAUAGAGGAUAUGGUGGAUAUGGAGGCUCAGGUCGAUACUAUGGUUACGGUGGCAUUCUUCCCAUUCCAUUCUAUCAAAGCUACGGCUAUUAUCAAAGUCCGGUGUACUGCUAUGAAUAUGGACUCAGUUACGGUUACGGAUAUAGAGUUUAUGGCGAUGGAUACGGUUACGGACCAUGCUAUUAUUGAUGAUCGAUGUUCUAAUAACCUCACCUGUGAUCUGCCGUAAUUUGCAUAAGAGACUUAGUGAAAAUCUUAUACAAAAGAAUUCUUCUGUUUAAAUUUUUACUAUAAGUCCCUCAUCACAGCACUGCUACUAGUAUGAACACUGAAUUGACAAGUGCUUAGUAUUGUUUGUAUUGCACGUUUUCAAUCCUACACGAACACAAAUCAUCUCUUUGUGCAAUAGAAACGCAGUGCCUACUGUGAUUUCAUCAACCUCCGCAUAUUUUCUAUGUUCAUGCUAGAAGCAGUGCUGUGCCC